AUGUCAACUUUCUGUUACCAAUUGGACAAUUUGGAACUAGAACUUCGGUAUUUUGUUCAUCCUUUUGGCCACUUCGCGAACACGAGAGAAGAAAGGAAAUCAAUCAAUGGUGAAUCAUCCCCAACCAGGAACUUGAUUCUCCACUCUCAUCUGUAUCAAGGAAUCCAAAGCUUGUUCCUGAAUCUCUCAAUGUCUCCGCCGCCAAAGAAGAGGAAGAAGACCACUGUCACGAGGACGAAGAAGCUGAGGCCGACGCAGCCGCAAUCGACACCGAUUCUGAUUAUGUCUGAGAGGCCUCAGAGGAAGCUGACGCAGACGCCGCCGCAAUCGACACCGAUUCUGUCGCUUCCCGAUGAUUUGCUGUUGAACUGCAUCGCACGUGUCUCAAGGUUGUACUAUCCAACACUAUCCCUGGUCUCCAAGAGCUUUCGAUCUCUCAUUGCUUCACCGGAGCUAUACAAGGUCCGGUCACUCCUGGGCCGCACCGAGAGUUGUCUCUACGUUUGCCUAUGGUGCGGUUCUAAAUACCGCUGGUUCACUCUAUCCCGGAAACCUGACAAAACGCUAACCAAAGACAGCAGUGAGAAGAAGUCAUGUGGGUACGUUUUGGCUACAGCCUCGAUCCCAACUUCUGGUUUUGCCAUCUUUCAGUCUAUCGUGGCCGUUGGCUCUAAUAUCUACAACAUCAACCCAUACGGCAAGUACAGAGCUGACACAUCCACUGGACCCGUUAGCGUCUCGAUUCUGGAUUGCCGAUCUCACACGUGGCGCGAGACUUCUUCAAUGUUUCGAGUGAAGCGAACCGUGGAAAAUGGGAAACUGAACAACAAAACCCUAUGUAUUGACGGGAAGUUCCAUGGGGUGCUUCUCGACAGCGUGCUUGCUUACGAUUCCGAGGAAGGUAGAUGGGACGAGGUGCUUUAUCCGGGGAUGAAUCAUUAUAUGGUCUCAAAUUCUUAUUGCGAGAUAGACAAUGUUUUGUAUUCUGCUGCUUAUGGAGUCAUCAGAUGGUAUGACACUGAGGAAAGCAUGUGGAGAGAGGUGAUGGGUUUGGUGGGACUACCUGAGUUACCUCAUGGUGAAAGGAUUGACAGCGGUGUUAGAUUGGCUGAUUAUGGUGGAAAGAUGGCUGUUUUUUGGGGAAAAAUCGCUUUUUAUGACCCUAAUGCUACCAUUGUUUGGUGUGCGGAGAUUGCGCUUGAAAGGUGCCAACCUUGUCAAAUUUGGGGCAAAGUUGAGUGGUUUGACAGUGUGCUCAAAUCCUAUCACGAUGACAUUGUCAAGGUCGUCGCUGCCACUCUUUGA